AACAGCACGCUGGGCUCCCACCAAGAAGGCCAAGUCAGGGAGGGGGAUGGCCAGCCUGGCAAUCCCAGCAGUAGCCAUCUGGCCUACCACGUCUUGGACAUCCCACCGUGGUACCUCUGCAUCUUACUGGGGAUCCAGCACUUCCUCACGGCCCUGGGAGGCCUCGUGGCUGUGCCGCUUAUUCUGGCCAAGGACCUGUGCCUGCAGCAUGACCCCCUGACCCAGAGCUACCUCAUCAGCACCAUUUUCUUCGUCUCUGGCAUCUGCACUCUCCUGCAAGUGUUUUUAGGGGUUCGGCUGCCCAUUCUCCAGGGUGGGACAUUUGCUUUUGUGGCGCCCUCUCUGGCCAUGCUCUCUCUCCCAGCCUGGAAAUGCCCAGAGUGGACACUCAAUGCCAGUCUGGCCAACACCAGCUCUCCUGAAUUCACAGAAGAAUGGCAAAAGAGAGUCCGAGAGUUGCAGGGUGCCAUCAUGGUUGCUUCCUGUGUGCAGAUGCUGGUCGGCUUCUCAGGCCUCAUUGGCUUCCUGAUGCGUUUCAUUGGCCCCUUGACCAUUGCCCCCACCAUCUCCCUCGUGGCCCUGCCUCUCUUUGAUUCUGCAGGCAACGACGCCGGGAUCCACUGGGGGAUUUCCUCCUUAACCAUCUUCCUCAUUGUGCUGUUUUCUCAGUACCUGAAAAACGUUGCCAUACCUGUGCCUGUCUAUGGAGGAGAGAAGAGGUGUCACACUUCUAAGUUCUACCUGUUUCAGGUGUUCCCUGUGCUGCUAGCUCUCUGCAUCUCCUGGCUCAUCUGCUUCACACUCACUGUCACCAACACCUUCCCCUCCGUCCCCACGGCCUACGGGUAUCAGGCGCGCACCGACACCAAGGGCAGCGUCCUGAGCCAGGCCCCGUGGUUCCGCUUCCCUUACCCAGGGCAGUGGGGUCUCCCCACCAUCAGCCUGGCGGGGGUCUUCGGGAUCAUUGCUGGGGUGAUAUCCUCCAUGGUGGAGUCUGUGGGUGAUUAUUAUGCCUGUGCCCGGCUGGUAGGAGCCCCGCCCCCUCCGAAGCAUGCCAUUAACCGUGGCAUUGGCAUCGAGGGUCUCGGCUGCCUGCUGGCAGGAGCCUGGGGGACAGGGAAUGGCACCACGUCCUACAGCGAGAACGUCGGGGCGCUGGGCAUCACCAGGGUGGGGAGCAGAAUGGUGAUUGUCGCUGCGGGCUGUGUGCUGCUCCUCAUGGGUGUAUUUGGGAAGAUCGGGGCAGCGUUUGCCACCAUCCCACCCCCGGUGAUCGGAGGCAUGUUUCUCGUCAUGUUCGGGGUCAUCAGUGCUGUGGGCAUCUCCAACCUGCAGUACGUGGACAUGAACUCAUCUAGGAACCUCUUCGUCUUUGGCUUCUCCAUAUACUGCGGGCUCGCCAUUCCAAACUGGGUGAACAAAAAUGCUGAGAAGCUGCAAACAGGGAUUCUUCAACUGGACCAGGUUAUCCAAGUGCUCCUGACUACAGGCAUGUUUGUUGGAGGCUUUCUGGGCUUUCUCCUGGACAACACCAUUCCAGGUAGUCCGGAGGAACGAGGUCUCCUGGCAUGGAACCAGAUCCAGGAGGAGUCUGAGGAGACGGUGAGGGCCUCGGCGGUCUACGGCCUUCCCUGGGGGCUCGGCACUGCGUUCUGCACAUCCCGCUGCACCCAGGUCCUUCCCUUCUGCCCCAAGCUGGACCGCUGUGAGCAAGAUGAGAUGUGCAUGAGCCAGUCCACCGUGUACUCCAACAUCUCCACCUCCGGAAGACACCUGCAGAGGGUCAGAGAAUGUCCUUUAUGA